CUUGGCAUUGAUACGGCGAGCUGUCAUAGAAAGCUGCGGCAGCUUUCGUUUUCUCUGACGUCUACACAUCCUUCUUUUACAUAUAUCUGGAUAAUAGUUAUCUGUGGGUUAUCAGGAGCAGCUAGACAGACACAACAGAUACCCUUAUACGAAGCUGGAACUUUGGGGUUCCUCCUCUCUUUCUGACGGCACCACAGAAGUGAGCAAUGCAGUGGCCAUAAGCAGAGGAGACACGGCACCACUCUUGGCUAAAGCAAGAUGUCGUCAGCCCCUGGGAAUGGAGUUGGAGGGACACGCAAUUCAAGUGCAGAGAAAACUUACAAAAAGACCACUUCAUCGGCACUGAAGGGGGCCAUCCAGCUGGGCAUCGGGUACACAGUGGGGAACCUCACGUCCAAACCCGACAGAGAUGUGCUCAUGCAGGACUUCUACGUGGUGGAGAGUGUCUUUCUGCCCAGCGAGGGGAGCAACCUCACCCCAGCCCACCACUACCCUGACUUCCGCUUCAAGACCUACGCGCCCAUGGCAUUCCGCUACUUUCGGGAGCUCUUCGGGAUCAAGCCGGACGACUAUCUGUACUCCAUCUGUAACGAGCCACUAAUCGAGUUGUCCAACCCUGGAGCCAGUGGGUCACUCUUCUACCUGACCAGCGAUGACGAGUUCAUCGUCAAAACCGUCCAGCACAAAGAAGCAGAGUUCCUACAGAAACUACUACCAGGUUAUUACAUGAAUCUAAACCAGAACCCUCGGACGCUCCUGCCCAAGUUUUAUGGGCUAUACUGCGUGCAGUCCGGCGGCAUGAACAUCCGAUUGGUGGUGAUGAACAACGUCCUGCCCCGCGCUAUCAGGAUGCACUACAAGUAUGACCUAAAAGGCUCCACGUACAAGCGUCGGGCCUCCAGAAAAGAGCGUGAAAAGUCUUGCCCCACUUACAAGGACCUAGACUUUCAGGACAUGCAUGAAGGUCUAUACUUUGAUGCGGAGACCUACAAUGCGCUGAUAAAGACUCUGCAGCGAGACUGUCGGGUGCUCGAGAGCUUUAAGAUCAUGGACUACAGUCUGCUGCUGGGGGUGCACGUGCUGGACCCCAGCCAAAGGGAGGGCGAGACGGGCCAGGUGGGGGUGGACGGCAAGCGCCCGCUUGGCCAGAGGGUCCUCUACUCCACGGCCAUGGAGUCUAUCCAGGGCGACGGCAGGGCGGCAGAGGCUGUGACCACUGAUGACACAAUGGGUGGAAUUCCUUGCAGAACACACAAGGAUGAGAAGCUGCUUAUUUUCCUUGGAAUUAUCGACAUUCUGCAGUCCUACAGGUUCAUUAAGAAGCUGGAACACUCAUGGAAAGCCCUUGUCUAUGACGGAGUAAGUAAACACUGUGUGCUGCUUGUACCCCUGCCAGAUGAAGGCCUCAUGCUAAUGAAACGUCAACUGUUCUGUUCACCUUUUUUCCAGGACACUGUGUCGGUGCACCGACCAGGUUUCUAUGCAAACAGAUUUCUCAAGUUCAUGAGCACAAGAGUGUUCCGCAAAAUGCAAACGGCCCGGUUCUCUCCCACCAGACGGACGCGCAACUCUAUAGCAGCCUUAAAGUCGUCCUCACAGGAGAUCCUGUCGUCCCAGCAAGAGGAGAAGAAUGACGACAGGAUGGACAGAUUGGGUGGGGCCCGGAGCCUGGCCAGUUUGGAUGGACAAGGUUUUGACUCCUACGUCCGCCCUGACCUGGUCCCUGUCACGCCAUCCCUGUAUGAGGCUUCGUCCAUGGGCACCACCAUCUCCUCCUCGUCCAUCUUCGUCAGUGAGCAAUACCUGGAUGACCACUCUAAGGACGGGGAUGAUGCAGCUUCCAGUUCCACCUUCACGUUGGAGGACAGCGCCAUCUGCCUGACGUCAGAGCAAAGCACCAUGGACAUGGACAGGGAUGACGGGUCUUUUGAUAUCUACUUAUGAAAUGUAAGAAGACAUCGAACAUCAUCACUGCGCAUUAAUUCAACCAUCUGAUGGUUGCGACUCUUCUCUGGUGAAGCAGAGGAUUCCCACCUAAACACUACUCUGCUCCGCCACAUCCAUCUACUCAGCUGUCAAGAGAUGGCAUGCCAUUCCUUGCCUUUUGCCAAAACAAACAACCAGGGGGGAAACGACUCUUGAUACAGAGGUGUGAGAAAUCCAUGGGAAAUAUCAAUAUUCAUGACAUCCAUUCCAGACAUGAAGAAGGCAAUGUACCUCCUCCUCCGCUUCCCUCCCAGGACAAUAUACAAGACUCGCGUUGCAUUUGAAAGCUGUAAAGACCCACCGAUGUGUGUGCAUCACCUGAUAUCUGCACAGCGCCAAAUAGUGAGGCUGAUGUGAUACAUGCUGCCCAUUUCAACGUAAAACAAAAUCAAACAGAGGGAAGCAACAGAGACAAACCUUUGCAUGGGUUAGAGGCUACCUUGACAAGUGACUUUGUGACUGGAUCUUUGAGCGCUUGGAAGCAGGUUGGAAUAGAAGGGUGGUGCUCACCACCUUCUCCCAAAUGGCACUUUUUCUGUAAGGAUAGUAUGUAUGUUUGUAUUAAACAUAGUCUCAUAUAUUUGGUUUAGGUGAGUUGCCAAACCUGAACUCUUUCAAUGAGAACGCACAUUUAAACAUAUGUAGUAUGAGCAUUGUUGUGUUCAUUUUUCGUCUAAAACACAAUGAGACAAUGAAGAAUAAUUGUUGACCUUUAGAUGAGUAAAGAAUAUUUUGGGGUGAGGGUGUCAUGACUGCAUUUUCUCAGGAUAUCCUUUUCAUAUUUCUGCAUCCUGUUUAUUACUUAAAGAUAAGUGAUAGGCUAGUGUGUGUACCAUGUUCAGCUCCGCAGCUGACCUGUUUCUAGAGAGACCAUAUCAAAGUUAUCUCUUUAAAUUCUAUAAUUGCACAUUUGUUGGUUUUGAGACCAUAAUUUAUUAAAUCACUGUCAAUACAAA